AUGGUCGUGCACUCAUGCUCCACAGAGAAAAAAGAAAAAGGAGAGAAAACACCGACCAAGAUCCUCCAAACCCUCCUCCUCGUCGACGGGCGUUGCGCGGCGGCCACCAUGGAUUUGCGCAGGCAGACGGCCAGGGUCUACCCGCAAAUCAUCCGCUCCGACCUCCCCGCCACGGAGGAGGACCCGAGGAUGCCGGUGGAGAUGCGCCACGGCCUGGCCCCGGAGACGCUCGACCCCUACAAGAACUUCGUCCUCAGAUUCUUCUACUCCUUCCUCCUCGACUCGCCCGUCUCCACCGCCGCCCCCCUCUCCUGCGCCGCCGCCUCCCUCUCCUGCGUCGACCGCGUCAGCCUCCUCCCCGACGACCUCCUCCACCGCGUCGUCUCCCGCCUCCCUGCCAAGGACGGCGCCCGCACCGCCGUGCUCUCCUCGCGCUGGCGCCACCUCUGGCGCUCCGCGCCGCUCGUCCUCGUCGACACCCACCUCCUCCCCGCCACCCGCGCCGGGGCCCGGCCCGCGCGCGCCGGUGCCGUCUCCCGCGCCGUCACCGCCGCCGUCUCCGCGGCCCUCGACGCGCACCCGGGGCCCUUCCCCUUCGUCAGCCUCACCUGCAGCUUCCUCUCGCGCGCCGACCGCGGCGUGCUCGCGCGCUGGGUCCGGCUCCUCGCCGCCAAGGGCGUCGGCGACCUCGUCCUCGUCAACCGCCCCUGGCCCCUCCCGCGCGGCGUCUGCCUCCCGGUCGGGCUCUUCAGCUGCGCCUCCCUCCGCCGCCUCUACCUCGGCGCCUGGCUCUUCCCCGACACCGCCACCGCCACGCUCCCGCGCGACGUCGGCUUCCCCAACCUCCGCGAGCUCGUCCUCGGCUGCGUCGUCAUGACGGACAAGGACCUCGACUUCCUGCUCGCCGUCAGCCCCGAGCUGGAGACUCUCGCGGUCGUUGGAAGCCUGACCCAGCUGCACGCCCGUCUCGCCAGUCAGAGCCUUCGCUGCGCGCAAUUCUGCCUGUCCACCGUCGAGGAGGUCGCCGUGGUGGACGCCCCGAGCCUUGAGCGGCUCUACAUCUGGGGCAGCUUAAGCCACGGCCAACCCAGGAGCAAAACAAGCACUCGACUCAAGAUUGCCCGUGCUCCUCAGCUGCGUUUCCUGGGAUACCUGCGCCCAGGAGUGCACGUUCUGCAGAUUGGCAACACCACCAUCAACGCUGGUACGCAGGUGACCCCAACCACCAUUGUCCCCAGUGUCAAGAUGUUGGCACUGAGCCUACGUUUCGGGAUCCGCAAUGAAGUCAAGAUGCUGCCUAGCUUCCUGAGGUGCUUUCCGAACGCCGAGGCGCUCUGCAUCGAGGAAACUCAUGAACCCACUGGCAACAUCCGUCUCAAGUUCUGGCAGGACAACGGCCUGAUCGAGUGCAUCCGAUCGAGCCUCAAGAGCAUUGUCUUCCGCGAGUUCCAUGGGCACGAGAACGAGUUCGCCUUCCUCAUGUUCGUUGCCGAGAACGCAGUGGUGCUGGAGAGGAUGGUGCUUGAGCUCAAGCUUGGGAAGUAUGCCGCGCCUGUAGAGAUCGUUAUCAAGAUCAAAGCUCUCGAGUCUGCCAAAUGGGCCAGUGGAAGCAAUAAGCUGCAGCUCAUGUUCAGUAAAUUUCCUAGUGCUUGGAGCCUCGCCAAAGGAUGUGAUCUUUCAUGUGAUGACCCUUUUCUCUGCCUCUGCUAUAUGCCCACAUAUUUCGAAAUGCGAGAUAGCUCUGGUCAGGUCAAGCCUCUAGGUUAUCUUUAGAUUGUCGGAAUGUAUCUUUCAAGACUGACCACUGUUUCAUUAGAGUAUCCUUGUUUCUCUGAUUUGAGGUACCGAUAUCUGCAUUUCGUGCAACUUCCUUAGCUAGCCCGUCAAUUGGUUCUCGUGGUAAUUACUUUCAGGAUUUCUGCCAAGCAUGUGAGUGGAAGUAACUUAAAAGCGAGACAUAUGAACUUAUUAUAUAUUGCCUACUUCAUUACCAA